AUGUGUUCUGGAAUCACGGAGAAGAACAUCCCCGCCGUUAUACCGGUAUGGUUAAUCUGGCCCGGAUUUACAGCUUUUAUCAGUCCCCUAAAAUCUUUUGACUAUAGUGAAUAUGCGUGUUCCGGAAGGAAUCUAAAUGGCGUACAUAUUUUCUCGGCUUCGAAAGAUCGCGAUGGGCUGGAUGCCGUGGUUACUAUUCGUUUACACGAAACCGACGGGGUUGAAGACAUCCGAAAUGGGUUCCCCUCUGCUAUACAUGGUAGGCGUGCGGUACUCAGCUCGCCAACCAUGACGACAUGGGCGACGUUGAUCCUCAUCGACGUAUCUGUCGCCAUAUAUAUGAAGAUGAAGUUGAGCGUAUCGGCAAGUAACAGUAAAUCAUUUAGCGUAUUAUUAAAUUUUAUUAUUGCGAAGCAGAAAGCGUAA